AUGGUCGAUACCGGAUUGAUUGAUAUACCAGGUGCACGAAAACAAGUGAAACACCCUUCACUAGCAGCUUAUAGACAGGGCACUGAUCAUUUGAUAUUCAGUUUUGACAUAAGCCCUGCAGUGCUGAUCAACGGUACAGCUACUGAAGGUCUAAUGAUAUUAGGCGUAGACACUGGUCGAAGUAAAUGUAAUGACACAUUUGUUUAUAUAACGGAUCAAGCUAUAGACGGAAUAAUAGUAUUUUCAUUAGAAGACACUGCCUUCACACGGCUCAAUGUUACCGAUUUAAAUCACUUCCCAACGGAUUCGCCGCACUUUGAGUUCCCGCGAGUGCCAAUAAAUUUUAUAAAAUACACAUUAACAUCGAAUUUAACGACUGGAAGAGAACGUUUGAAGUCAUUUACUGAUAUCAUGAUGUCUACUCGUGGAUCUGAGGCUGCGAACUUAUGGGAAAGCGAACUGGAAAAUCUUGAUAUCGAUCUUCUUGAGAAACGAAAGUUUUUGUUCUCUCUCAGCAUUAAUACCAAUAACCUAGUAUUUGUUAACAAAGCGAGAAACGGUGUGCUAAGCUGGAAUCUGGAGACUGAAAUGAUACCUGAGAACGUCUGUGAUGUAGCAAAGCUAAAUUCCACUUCGUCACUUUACAUAUCUGAUGUCCUAGUCGUUGGAAAUACAAUGAAAAUUUUGCUUAACAGAAAGUUAAACUCAUUACCUUCUCAGAAUCUCGGCAAAUGGAACCAUUUUAUGUACACGAUGAAUUUUGAUAGUGCGAUUAAAGAUACAGCGUGCUUCCUGAAUAAGGACUAUAUUAAUUUAUAUCAUGGAUACUAUACGUAGUAAGAA